UGCGUGACAGGGCCGAGCCGGGCAGGGCUGUGUCGGGUCGUCAUGGGUCGGGUGUUGGGUUUGGUGUCGGCGCUGCUGCUGCGGGCGGUGAGCCGGGCUUCGGCCGUCGAAGUCUGUCGCCAGCAGAGAAGGUGCUGGGCUCCUGUUCCCCUAAGCCAACCCAAAACCCAUUACAGUGUUUGUACAGUACCACCUGAAACCGUCACUUACCAGGAAUUAAAGCAGUUGCUUAAAUCAAACAAAAUCUUUCUGAUUGAUGUCAGAGAAUCCUGGGAACUCAAGGAGUAUGGACAAAUUCCUGGAUCCAUAAAUGUACCACUGGGUCAAGUGGAGCAAACCUUGCAGUUGGAUCCCAAAGGUUUUAUGGAAAUAUACAACAAACAAAUGCCAACAACGUCAGAUAAAAUUGUUUUUUCAUGUUUGGGAGGAGUCAGGAGCAAAAAGGCCUUGGAUACUGCUAUAUCUUUGGGCUACAGUAGUUAUAGGUCUUCAACACUGAAAACUUCUGUUGGAUUGGUAUUGGUUUAUUAUUGUCACAUGCUGAACAUUAGAAAUAAAAAGAGAAAAUCUUGGAAGUGUUUGGCAGGCUAGGCAACAUAUGCAGGGACAGAACUAAUUUCAGAGCUGUGCAUUUCCCUGGUGGUUGGGAAGAAUGGGAAACCCGUGAACUUUCUGAGAAAAAAGGAUAAGCUAUUUCAGGAACUUCUCACAGAAAGAAUUCCCAAAGAGUAUGAAAGAAUAAAUCUAAAACUGAAAGAUGUUCUCACUAUUUUAUAGUACAUUGUGUCAUCAUGAAUAUUACAUUUGUACACUUUUAAUUUUGAUCCUUUUCUAAUGUUUGAGCGCAUAAUUUGAGAUUUAAUAAUUUUUUGUUUUUUGUGGUUUGAAAACAGCAUUGUUUUGUGCAUUGCUCAGGGUAGAUCAGUUGAUGGAAUUAACUAACAGUACCAAUGAUGGCAUAAGUGAUAAACAUCAGUGAAUAUUCUUUUGAACAAAAACCUAAGGAGGCUGAAGUCAUCAGUAUUUGUUGAUUUUAGCACAGAAAGCAAAUCCGUAUUGAUCUAAAAGCAAAAUGUUGCAAGAUGGGGAAAUCUGAAGUAAAAAUAAAAUGUUGGAAAUGGUCAGGUCAGUUAACAUCUGUGGUAACAGAAUGAAAGAUUAUAGCAUCUGUGGAGACAGAAGGAGUUAACAUGUCAGAUCAGUGACCUCUCAUGAGUACCAAUGAAAGAUUAUCAGCCUGAAAUGUUAACUGUAUAUCUCACUACACAGGUGCUACCCGCCAUUCACAGUGGCACUGCAGGUAAUGCUGCUCUCUUGUGGCUCUAUGACCUGGAUUCAAUCUUCCCAUGUUGUCUGUGUAAAAUUCACAUGCUCUAGCUCCAUGUGGGUCCUCUUCUUCGUUGAUUUUAGCACAGAAAGCAAAUCCAUAUUAAUCUAAAAGCAAAAUGUUGCAAGAUGGGGAAAUCUGAAGUAAAAAUAAAAUGUUGGAAAUGGGCAGGUCGGUUAACAUCUGUGGUAACAGAAUGAAAGAUUAUAGCAUCUGUGGAGACAGAAAGAGUUAACAUGUCAGGUCAGUGACCUGUCAUGAGUACCAAUGAAAGAUUAUCAGCCCGAAAUGUUAACUGUAUAUCUCACUACACAGGUGCUACCUGCCAUUCACAGUGGCACUGCAGGUAGUGCUGCUCUCUUGUGGCUCUAUGACCUGGAUUCAAUCUUCCCAUGUUGUCUGUGUAGAAUUCACAUGCUCUAGCUCCAUGUGGGUCCUCUUCUUCGUUGAUUUUAGCACAGAAAGCAAAUCCAUAUUAAUCUAAAAGCAAAAUGUUGCAAGAUGGGGAAAUCUGAAGUAAAAAUAAAAUGUUGGAAAUGGGCAGGUCGGUUAACAUCUGUGGUAACAGAAUGAAAGAUUAUAGCAUCUGUGGAGACAGAAAGAGUUAACAUGUCAGGUCAGUGACCUGUCAUGAGUACCAAUGAAAGAUUAUCAGCCCGAAAUGUUAACUGUAUAUCUCACUACACAGGUGCUACCUGCCAUUCACAGUGGCACUGCAGGUAGUGCUGCUCUCUUGUGGCUCUAUGACCUGGAUUCAAUCUUCCCAUGUUGUCUGUUUAGAAUUGACAUGCUCUAGCUCUAUGUGGGUCCUCUUCUCCAGUCCCCCCCCCCCCCCCCAAUCCGGUGCUCUGGUUUCCCUCCUCUGAUAAGUUAACUUACUACUGUAAAUUGCCCUUUGUACAGGUGGAUGGUGAGAUGAUCAGAAUGGAGUUGAAUGAGAAUGGGCUACAGGGAGGUAAGUGGUAAGGAUGGGAUUGUUCUGAAAACAGCCAUAUACUUGAUGGGCCAAACAGCCUACUAUCUCAUAUGGAAAAAGAAUAUGUUGAGUAUUUCUAUAUUUUCUGUCGGACAAUUCUUAGCUUCUCUCUGGAUACCUGGAGUCUCCACAAAAUGGUCCCUGACCUGCUGAGCAGAUCCAUUUUAAUGCUGUUUUGUUUUGCGAAAACUGGUUGACUCGAGUUCAUAAACCCAAUGAUUACCGUAUUCUUUACAAUGCAGGUUCAUUUUUCACCUAUGCUUUAAGGCAGUUAGUAAACUAUUUUAAAAUUUUUGUAACGGAAAUCUCUGAAAAUGAUUAACUGUGAAUGUAAGUUUUACUUAAUGUUUUUGCUAUCUGGAUCUCUUCAUGGAACUAAGUAAUUUUGCAUAUUGCUGGUGUCACUCAGUUUUUGUGAAUUUAUUACUUAAUCACUAUUUUGUGCAUGUUUGAUCAUUAAAUUGACUUACAUUCAAUAAUUAUUACAAAAGUAUGUUGUGAUAAUUAUGAAUUCCACUAUAAAAAUGAAAUGUUUUGAGUAUCUGCCAUCUUGUAAUGGAAGCAGUAUAACCUUGUGUAUCUUGCUAUCAGCGCAAGACUUGUGUUUGUAUUGUCAUGGUUUGAGAACUGAUUUAUGGGGGAACCCCUAAGCCUUGUAGUUCCAACUGGGACUGGAUUAGGACUUGCACAAUUUAGUUAACUGAACAUGUAUUCCCCAUAUCUAGCUGCACUGAAUAUGAAGUAAUCGCCCAUUCUGUUGCCUUUUGCCUUGAUCUAAAAUCAUAUCUGUAGAGGUUACAUUUUUCAGGUUUUCAUUUUAUCAAUUUGUGGUUGCUUCCAGGCUUUGUUAUUAGUAAAUCAUUAAAAAUUGAUUAUGGAAAAACCAAAGUGAAUCAUCACUGCAUCAACUUUCAGUCUCUAAGUGCAAUAUAUUGAGAACUUUCCCAAGCAUGGUUACAGGAGACAAUUGCAAACUUGCAGUCUUCAUGUCAACCAUUGUAGUAUUCAUCCUAUGUCCAUUCCCAUUGCCAUAAAAUCUAAACAGCAAGGUGGCCAUAUAACUUUCAUCAAGUGUAAUAGCUAGUUUUACUAUCAUGCUUGCAAUGGGUUGCAGAUCAUUUUCAGAAGCUUUUAGCAAAUAGUGGUUCUAAGCUGGUGUUCAUAUGAUAAAUUUCUCACUGAAGGAAGUAUUUUGCAAAAGAGCUCACCAAGGAGUCCAUCUGUUCAACUCAAAUUGAUACCUAAUUGCAUCAUCGUUUACCAAAUUCAUGAGUGACAUCUCUUCCUCGUGCUUUUGCUUCAUUUUAGUUACAUAUUUGUGACAUUUUUAAAAAAAUUUAUGUGAUGUGUUGUGUGGGUGUUCUGGAAGUUGACAGGUGGCUCUUCUAUUAAGCAAAAAAAAAUGUGCUGUUUUUACAGACUACUUUAAACUGUUCCCAUUUUGUUCCCACAUGAUCACAGACUGCUUUUGUUAUAGCCAAUUUCUGCUUGUGCCUUCACUGUUUUGUUUGUAUCAAGGUGUUAGACCACUGAACAGCAUAUCCAAUGCACAAAUGAGAUCAGUCAGAUGUGUAAUGUUUUGAAAGUCGCAUGUAAUCUUUUGAAAGCCAGACAUAAAUUCUACAUGGUCAUGUUUGUUAGCACAAAGAUUUAUAAAAUAAUGAUUUUCCCAUAUUGGCCUUGUCAGUUGAAACUGGAAUUCGAACACUGCACAUAAGCAGUCAUUAUUAAUAGUACUUCGAGUCCAAAGUUUUAUUGCAAAUGACUAAAUCUAUAAUUUUGGUAAAAUUAUCGAUAACCGAAUUACAAUUUAAUAAACUGGUACUUGAUUAUUA